GAGCAGUGGAGAGGAUCCAGGGCAGUCGGAGAAGAGCGUAGGGAGGAAGGGCGGGUAGGGAGCUACUCGGGCAGACUACCCAGGAUGUCUUCUCCUUACAGGUCGCGGAGUAACUCACCAGCGGUUCCGAGGAGGGACCAGGCGGGCAGGAGUCGGCGUCUACUGGGAGCUCCAGUGUCAGAAAUGGCGGAUGGAGGGACAGCAACCCCGCGGCCUGCGGCGGCCAGGGGCAUCAGCGGAUGGAAAGUGUGGAUCUGGGGCCACUCGUAUGUCUAUUGGGCUCAGAAGAGGGCUGCUGUUCGGAGAAGUGGAGCACAGCUGGGUUUUACUCAAGGAGAAGUGUCGAUUUCUUGGUUUGGCUUUAGGGGGUUUAGCUGGCAAAGCCUUAGUAGUUUGUUGUUUAGCAGGUUGGCCGGGGGGUCUGCUCCAGACAUAGUUUUAUUACACGGGGGUGGGAAUGAUUUGGGUCUGAUUCCGCAAAGGGAGUUGGUUAGACGGAUGAAGAGAGACGUGGAUCGGCUGUUGGACCUGGUCCCUGGCGUGGUGGUGGUGUGGUCGGAAAUGGUCCCCCGUUUCACGUGGCGGCACGCCAGGGAUCCAGCUGCAGUGGCUCGAUGCAGGGGCAAGGUUAACAGGGCAAUGGCGAGUUUUGUGUCAGCUGGUAUCCACCACAGAGCGAAGUAUAAAAGGAACCACUUUGGAUAUGUUCUAUGA